UUUGCCUUUCAGGGUCAGUCUGGUAAAAGGCUUUACUCCUUUGACAUGAACCACUAUGCCACUAAGAAGAGUGUAGCUCAGAGCAUGCUGGACGUUGCUCUGCUGAUGGCCAACUCGUCCCAGCUGAAGACCAUCCUGCAUGUGGGCCCAGAGUACCGCUUCUACGUCCCUCUCAUCGUUCUGCUCGCUCUGUCCAUCACGCUGCAGGUGGUGGUGGGACUGCUGCUCGUCUUUAUUGUGAAGUAUAAUCUGAAUGACGAACGGAAACGAACCAAGCUGGAGACGAUGAACAACAUGGCCACGGUGUUCGUCUUCUUCACGGUUCUCAUCAACAUCUUCAUCGCCGCGCUCGGGUUCCAGGGCCAGUCGAUGAUCCCACCUGUCAUCCCCUUAGAACCUCAGCUGCCUCCUUUGCCUGUUAACCUGACUAAAACCCGGGCCCUACAGGAAACUACGCCUCCUCACGUUCUUAUUUAACAUUAUUUGUUUUAAAUAUACAGUAUAUGCAAACUGCUCUUCCCAAUAUUUUUGAAUCAUAAAUGUAAUGCCUGUUUUUCUUAUGUUUUACAAACAUUUUUUUUUGGGGGGGGGCGGGGGGGGGGUACUUUUUAUUCUAAAAUAUAAAACAGUCUUCAGUCUUUGAUGUGGGUUUAAAAAUACAAACAAUGACGCUUUAUUGACAAAACAAAUAUGGAAUUCAUUAUGGGGAAAAAAAAACAGUUCAGUACUGAAAAAAAAAAAUCAUUUCAUUAAAAAAAAAAAAAUACAACAAACGCCAAAACUGAAUUCAAUCCAGUUUUUUUUUUUUUUUUUUUUUUUUGGUGUUGUCACACACAGAUUCACUUACAGGUACAUAAAUUCAGUUCUAUCUUAUUCAUAAUCCAGUUCACUCAGAUGCAGAUGCUAAUGGAAAUUGGAAGAAGUUAUCCAUCUAAGGGACUGAUUGCUCUGCAACGGGGAUCAAGCACAUGGCAACAGGGGGAAGGAAUGACUCACUUCCAACAGGAAGUAGCCUCAAGCAGAACCAGACUUAGUGUGAGAGGCCACCAUGCUCUGUGAUCCAGUUAGGGUUCAGAAGAUGGAGCAGGAGCACAAACACGGACACGAUGGUCCAGCAGUACGCUCACAGUAAAGACGAAAGAGUACACAGAUGUAAAGGCAGGCAGGUGUAGCUUAGUAGGGAAGUAGAAUCAAUCAUAGUCAUAAUAAAGGAGCAUGGUCGGGCUUGUUGCUGCCAAGCAGAAUGACCGAUUCUUAAUGUUUCUGUUUCAGCAGACACUGUGGUGAAAUGGAGUGUGAACUUUAGACCUUUAAAGCUUUCUGAUCUGACUAGUUGGAUAAAACAUUACAUUUCGAGAGAAGAAAAAAAAAAA